UACUUUAUCAAUUUAGUGUUAUCAGUGCGUACUGCCUUUUAACUGUGCUCUUGUGGUCUGUGCCUUUGUCAAAAAUAUUGUACAUUUUGUUAUAUAUCUUCAUAUUAUAACAAUGUCGAGCCGAAAGAGUGGGUAUUCAUUUAAAUGUAUUGUGAAAUCGUGCGGAGAACUUAAAAUUCAAAAAGAAAGUGUUAGUUUUUUUUCUUUUCCCAAAGAUCCUGCUCGAUGUAAAAUUUGGUUAGAGCGAUGUCAACUGCCAGCUGACAUUCUACAACAAAAAAAUACUAAAUUAUGUGGAAAACAUUUUGAAAAAAAUAUGUUUUUAAAUUUUUUGGAGAACAGGUUAAAACCAGAUGCUAUACCUACACUAUUUCCAGAUGAAAGAGAUGGUUGUGAUGUAAGUACAUCUUUGGAGUUAUCAUCUAGUGACAAAGUUGGAAUCUGUACCUUUAUUAGCAGUUGGCACUUUAGACACCAGGAUCCCAAAUACCUGAAAAUAGUAUAAAGAUACAAAUUACAAUUAACUAUGUCAAAAUAUACAAGAUAGAAAUAUAUCUAAGACACUGCCCAUCACUGGCAGUGAAGUGAUCUCAUUAGUAUCAUUUAAUUAUUUUAAUAUGGCUAGUAUAUUGGUCACGUAUAUUAAUUUAUGUUUUAUUUUUCAGAAAUAUUUCACUGCUGCUUCUGCUUCUCCAACUUCGCCUUUAUUCCACGCAAGUGGGGUCUACUACUAUUUGUUUUGCUCAAUAUACCAUCAUAUUCCUGCAAUAACCAAUCCUCUUUAUCUUUUUCCUUCAAAUUUGAGUUACCUGUCUUGACUUUUAUUAUUUCUUCAUGCCUCAACAUGCCUUCUCAAUCUAUUCUCUAAUUUUUAACCCAUAUUCAUAUGGUAUCUCUCUCCACUAUUCAAGCCUGCCUUCAAACACUCGUGUGCUAUUAGCUUUUAAAACUACAUCAGCUGCAUUUAAGCUUAUACAUAAAAUAUAUAUUUGAUUUAAUAAAAUAAAAUGUGUAUUUUUUCCACCAUGUGUUUCAGUACAUUAUCCUUCCUUAACUGUGUAUUUGAUCCAUAAUAGUCUUUUACGGUUGCUAAAAUUAAAAAUUUUAAAUUUUAAGCAAGUACCUAGCAAAUAAUUUGAAUAAAGCUAAUUGGAUCUAUACAUUUUUGGAAAAAUAUUGUAAUAAACAUUUUGUUUUUCUGGUAUGGUGACACUGAUUAACCAACGCCA